CGGGGAGGCUGAAACUACAACUCCCAGCAUGCCUCGCGCCGGCCGGCCGGUUCUUGCGCGGCCGGUUGCGCAAGGGGUUCAUGGGAGUUGGAGUUCUUUGUCGUGCGUGGGGGAGGACUCACUGGAUGCCUGGGGUGGGUGUGGGGGGCUAGGGCGCUGCAGUGCCUCCACAGAAAGGACUGUAGGACCCCGCCGCCAUGUUCCCGAAGCCCCCUACCCCGGGGCCGCCAUCGCCCGACACACCCCCGGACUCCAGCCGCAUCGGCCACGGCCCAGUGGUCCCCUGGGCCCUGGCCGCCAUCGUGCUAGUCUCAGGCCUGGUCGUCUUCACCUGCUGUUUCUGCCUCUUCCGGAAGCGCUGUCGGAGGCGGACAGGCAAGAAGAUCCAGGCGCAAGCCCAGGUCCACCUCCAGGAAGUGAAGGGCCUGGGCCAGAGCUACAUAGACAAGGUACAGCCAGAAGUGGAGGAGCUGGAGCCAGUGCCAUCCGGACCAGGGCAGCAGGUGGCAGACAAACACGACCUUGGACGACUGCAGUACUCACUGGAUUAUGAUUUCCAGAGUGGCCAGCUGAUGGUGGGCAUCCUGCAAGCAGAGGGACUGGCGGCCUUGGACCUGGGUGGCUCCUCGGACCCCUACGUGCGGGUCUACCUGCUGCCGGACAAGCGACGGCGGCACGAGACCAAGGUGCAUCGGCAGACACUGAACCCACACUUUGGGGAGACCUUCGCCUUCAAGGUCCCCUACGUGGAGUUGGGGGGCAGGGUGCUGGUCAUGGCGGUGUACGACUUCGACCGCUUCUCCCGCAACGACGCCAUCGGGGAGGUGCGGGUCCCCAUGAGCUCGGUGGACCUGGGGCGGCCGGUGCAGGCCUGGCGGGAGCUGCAGGCGGCUCCGCGGGAGGAGCAGGAAAAGCUAGGAGACAUCUGCUUCUCCCUCCGCUAUGUCCCCACCGCCGGGAAGCUGACCGUCAUCGUCCUGGAGGCUAAAAACCUAAAGAAGAUGGACGUAGGAGGACUGUCAGACCCGUACGUCAAGGUCCACCUGCUGCAGGGCGGCAAAAAGGUGCGGAAGAAGAAAACCACCAUCAAGAAGAACACGCUGAACCCCUACUACAAUGAGGCUUUCAGCUUCGAGGUGCCCUGUGACCAAGUGCAGGUGAGCUCGGACCUGUCCCUCACCUCUGCCUGA